AGAGAGAUAAUUAAUUCACUAUCUAUUUGGAGUAAAAACCAUAUAUAUAUUAGUAAUUUCUAGUGGUGUAUUAAAUCAUGUUGAGAUUUUGACAAUAUCUUUGUUUGUGCAAUGUAGAAAGUAUAAGAAAUUGCUAAGAAAAGACACUGAAUUUUACAAAGUUAUAGGUGGCAAAUAAAAUGGAAUAAAAGAUUUACAAUUAUUUUGCUUGAUAUAUUUAAUGCUGUCUUAUAAGCGUACAAAAUGGAGAAAAAAAUGGAAAAAGAAGUUGAUCCAAUUAUAUGUAACAACCAUAAAAGACAAUCGGAAAAUAAGAAUAUAUUAAAAAUAGAAGAGCCUAAAGAAGAAAUGUCUCUAACAUGGAGAGAUGCAAUUAAGCAGAUUCUAGCGUGUUGUAUAGCCCACACACUAGUUAUUCAACCCGGAAUUAACAUGUCUUUUAGUGCAGUUCUUCUACCGCAGCUUAAGGAAUCAGAUAGCACAAUUAUAAUAAACAAAUCAGAAGCUUCUUGGAUAGCUAGCAUUGUCACUAUAGCCCUGCCCUUGGGUUCCUUGUGUGUAGGUUCUCUUAUGGAUCGAUUCGGGAGGAAAAAAAUUUGCAUAGCUUCAACAAUACCUUUUUUGAUCUCAUGGGGACUCCAUGUAUUUGCUUCUAAUAUUUGGUAUAUUUAUAUUGCUAGAAUUAUUGCGGGCUUUAGUGGUGGUCUCACAACUGUUGCAUUGGUUUAUGUAAGCGAAAUAGCCCAUCCAAAAUAUCGCCCAAUGUUGCUAUCAAUGAAUAGUGUGUUCGUUACAUUUGGAAUUUUAAUUACCUGUGCAUUAGGUUAUUGGUUUAAUUGGCGUGUCAUGUCCAAAAUCUUCUUUGGCUUAGUUUGCUGUUCAACCGUAGCUCUUUGCUGGGUACCGGAGAGUCCAUACUGGCUGGCUGUUUUUAAAAAUGACACUUUAAAAUGCGCUCUAUCUUUAAAGUGGAUAUACUCUAAUAACUUGAUUGCUGAGCAAAUAUACAAGCGAGUGUUAGAAAGUAGACACAUAACAACAUCAUUGCCUACAAAAGAUGAAGAAAUGUCAGAAAAAUCUAAUCUAAUACAAAUUAAAAAAAAUAUCAAUCUAUAUAAGGACCCAACUAUUUGGAAGCCAUUAUUAAUCCUUUUUAUAAUUUUUAUGUUCCAACAACUUUCCGGAGCCUAUGUAGUUAUUUUCUACGCGGUAGAACUUUUUAGAGAAAUUUCAGGAAAAAAGGAUGACAAAAUGGACGGUUUUGGAGCUCUUGUUUUACUUGGAUCUCUGAGAUUUAUAUUCUCCAUUAUAUCGGCUUUAAUAUCAAAAAAAGUGGGCCGAAGAAAGAUGAUGUUUAUUUCAGCUGUUGGAAUGAUUAUCACUAGUUUGGCUUGCGGCUUUUUUAUUUAUAUAUCUCAUUAUAAACAAUUUUAUACCCCUACAGUGUCAAGUACUUUUGACCAGGAAAUAGUCAAAAACAUUUCGGUUGGAUCAGAAUUUAGUCUCACUACAUCAUCAUCACUUCUUAAUCUAACUAGCACAGAAAUGUAUUUAACAAUGUUUCGAUCACAGGCAGAACGAGAUAGCAAAAUUGCAUUGACUUUGGUGCUAGCGUAUGUUUGUUUUAGUUCCUUUGGAUACUUGGUAAUUCCUUGGACUCUCAUUGGAGAAAUCUUACCAAUUAAAGUAAAAGGAAAACUAGGGGGUGCUAUAGUUUCUAUAGCGUAUGUUUUAAUGUUCAUUGUUGUUAAGGUUUUCCCUUUCCUUCUGGAAAAUAUUCCAUUAUCGCACUUAUUUAUUAUUGUUGGUUUCAUUAAUAUAUUAGGUCUGGCAUAUUUGUACAUCUAUUUGCCUGAAACAUUAGGAAGGACAUUCGAGGAAAUAUCUCAGAAGUUUAGUCAAAACUCGAAGGAUAUUCAGAAUCCAUAACAUUUUAUAUUGUAGGUAUAUAUAGUUAUAUAGUUAUAAAAAUAAAAUUAAAAAUAAGAUAUUUUUUAUUAUGCUUAAUUUCUUUGUUUAAAACUUUUUGGCAUAUUUUUAAGUCAAACAAAUAUUCUAAUAGAUAUGUAUAUGCGUAGCAUUAGUUUAGCGCUUAAUUAAUAAGAAAUUAAUUUAACUUACAUUUAAGUGUGUAUUUUUUAAUAUUUUAAAUCUAAUUUUUGCCUUUAGAUGACACAUUAUUUACUCCUGUUUUUUGUUAUAACAUAAUUAGAUUAGUAAACAAUUAUUAAUAUUUUGGCUUACCCUCCUGCCAUAAAAACAAAGCAAAAGCAAAGAUAUUCACUUAACAAAAACAAAGACGAAACAUUCUGUUUUUGUAAUAUCAGCUGUAAAUUUUCGAAUACUGACUAUGCAAAAUAAAUACAACUCGAGCGCGUUUUUUGGACUAAAGCCAAAUUAGUCUCUUUAAUUUUGACACCAGUUCACAUAUUUAUUAAUUUAUCAGAUAAAUGAAAGACGGCUGUGUAAUUUAAAUACGUAUGGUCUUGAGAUACAGAAAACUGAGUCAAUUCUAGUAAUAGUUUACAUAGACGAGACCUCUGUAAAAUCUAUAGAAAUUAUACUUUUUAUUUAUUCCGAAGAUCAUCACUGCGAGGAAUUCCCGCGGUUAUGCUUGUUUUUCCAGUGCAGGAAACACUGCAAAACAAAAACAAAUGGAUUAGGCAAUAAUUAUGCUACAACAUUUUGUGCAAGUGCUUUGCUUACAGUAAACUUUUGUUUCAUAUUUAAAUA